UUAGUGCGCGUUCAUGCCAGUCAAUUUCUCUCUCCUCCUUCUUCUUCCUCUGGCUCUGAUCCUCCGAUUCCAGGCGCUAUACCAGAGAGAUGGGCAACGGCAACUCCACGGAGCCGCGCAGGUCAUGGCUCCGGCAAAGCCACCGCCGUCACGACUCCGGCACCGCCAGCCAGAGACUCGUGACUGCCGAGGAUUUCGCUGGCAUUGCUCUUCUCACUCUCAUCGGCGCGGAGAUGGAGUUCAAGGACAAAUGGCUCGCUUGCGUUUCCUUCGGGGAACAGACAUUCCGUACGGAAAUCUCUGACAACACGGACAAGCCGAUUUGGAAUUCUGAAAAGAAGCUCCUGUUGGAAAGAAAUGGACCCAGUCUUGCGAGAAUCUCGGUGUUCGAGACCAAUAGGCUAUCCAAGAACAAUCUCGUGGGUUAUUGCGAGCUUGAUCUACUUGAGUUUCUAACUCAGGAAUCUGAUUCGAGUUGUAAGUCAUUCGACCUGUUAGAUCCAACAUCAUCUAAAGUUGUUGGCAGCGUCUUACUUUCAUGCUCUGUUGAGGACCCUGUUGAAACUGAGAAGCGUUUUGCAAAGCGCAUCUUGUCUAUAGUGGACUAUAAUGAAGAUGGACAGCUAUCAUUCUCAGAGUUUGCUGAUCUAAUUAGUGCUUUCGGCAAUCUAGUGGCUGCUAACAAGAAAGAGGAGUUGUUCAAAGCCGCUGACCUGAAUGGGGAUGGUGUUGUGAGCAUAGAUGAAUUGGCUGCGCUUCUUGCCCUUCAACAGGAAAAGGAGCCACUUAUAAAUAAUUGCCCCGUGUGCGGUGAGACUCUUCAAGUUGAUAAGCUCAAUGCUAUGAUUCAUAUGACUCUCUGUUUUGACGAAGGAACUGGUAAUCAAAUAAUGACUGGAGGGUUCUUAACCGAUAGACAGGCGUCAUAUGGGUGGAUGUUCAAACUGAGCGAAUGGGCUCAUUUAUCAACGUAUGAUGUCGGCUUGAAUACCGGUUCAAGUGCUUCACAUAUUGUGGUGAUUGAUAGAAAGACAAAGAGGCUCGUGGAGGAGUUGAUUGAUUCAAAGAUUGUUUUGUCGAUGAGAGCUAUUUACCAGUCAAAAAUCGGGCUUGGACUUAUGGACCAAGGGGCAAAAGAGAUUUUACUGAAUAUUUCUGAGAAGCAAGGGAAGAAAAUGAACUCAGUUGAAUCUGCCCGAAAUAUACCAAAGUUUCUUGAGUUUUUCAAGGAUCAAAUAAACAUGGCUGAAGUCAAGUAUCCUCUGGAUCACUUUAAGACAUUCAAUGAAUUCUUUGUAAGGGAGUUAAAAACUGGUGCAAGACCAGCUGCUUGCGUGGAUCGUGAUGAUGUUGCUGUUUGUGCUUCCGAUUGUCGAUUAAUGGCAUUUCAAUCUGUAGAGAAUUGCACACGUUUCUGGAUCAAGGGCCGAAAGUUUUCAGUUAAAGGCCUCCUAGGGAAGGAUGUGCAUUCCGAUGCCUUUCUUGAUGGAUCUUUGGUGAUAUUCCGAUUGGCCCCACAGGAUUAUCAUCGUUUCCAUGCUCCCGUCUCCGGAGUCAUAGAAAAGUUUGUGGACAUCCCUGGAUGCUUAUAUACAGUUAAUCCCAUUGCAGUAAAUAGCAAGUACUGCAACGUAUUCACAGAGAAUAAACGGACUGUGGCAAUUAUCUCGACACAGGAAUUUGGAAAGGUCGCUUUUGUUGCUAUUGGAGCAACAAUGGUUGGUAGCAUCACAUUUGUCAAGAAGGAGGGCGAGCAUCUGAAGAAGGGGGAUGAGCUCGGAUACUUCUCAUUCGGCGGAAGCACAGUUAUAUGCGUCUUUGAGAAGGAUGCGAUUCGUAUUGACGAGGAUCUCUUAGCAAACAGCGCAAGAUCCUUGGAGACUUUAGUUUCAGUCGGAAUGCAACUGGGUGUCUCCAACAAGACAACGUCUGCUGCAUCGGUAAUACCCAAGUUGGAAAACUGUGUUUUAACUGCCUGAAUGCUUUUUAGCCUUCGAGGGCUAACGAGUUGAGCAGUUGAAAGAUAUGAUGUGGGUUAGUAAGGAACAAUUUCAUUUGAUUUUUCCUUUUGCAUCACGUAUUGUCUUGUUUCUUGCACAAUGACUGUGUAUAACAAGUGUCCUGUUUCUGUUUUAUGUU